GAGCGGCCGGGAUGGCGGUGGACACGCGGCUCCUGGAGGGUCUGACCCUGUGUCAGCUCAACGAGCUGCUGGAGGACGAGGAGCAGCUGCAGGGCAUGGCCCUGGGGAUGGACGAGGCCCAAAAUGUUCAGCUUAGCAAGGAAAUGACUCUUGCCAGUAACCGUAGUUUGGCUGAGGGCAAUCUUUUGUACCAACCAAAAUUGGACUCUCUGAAAGCAAGUUUGAACCAAAAAUAUCAGGAGCUGCAGGUUCUUUUUGAAGCAUAUCAGAUCAAGAAAACCAAGCUAGAUAAACAAUCCAGCAGUGCUUCCCUGGAGACACUAUUAGCACUUCUUCAAACAGAGGGGGCUAAGAUUGAAGAAGACACUGAGAAUAUGGCAGAAAAGUUUCUUGAUGGUGAAGUAUCGCUGGAUUCAUUCAUUGAUGAAUACCAGAGCAAACGUAAACUGGCUCACUUGCGACGUGUAAAAAUCGAGAAGCUCCAAGAGAUGGUGCUGAAGGGACAGAGACUUCCACAGGUUCAGCAGCAGCCUCAGCCAAGAGCACCUGAGACAACACCAGCACCUCAAACUUCCUACUCUUCAGAUGCAAACACUCCUCCCUCAGUUAUGCCCCGGCGAAUACCACCCCCACCUCCUCCAUCAGUCCCAGCAGGACGCUUUCCCACUCCAUUUACUGCAGCAAUGGAUUCAGGACCUGCUCUUCCUUAUCCAGGAGUUCCAUACCCUCCCCUUCCCCCACGAGUGGGAGUUCAAUCUGCAGGUCAAAUGCCACAGCCAGGAUACCCAUCUCAGUUUGUAUCACAGUACCCUCCAGCACUGCCCCAAAGACCACCACCUCGUCUUCCACCACAUCCUGGCUUUAUCCUACAGUGAAUACAUCAGUGCGCCUAACUCAUGUAUUGGUGCUUAAAUUUUAGUCCUUUCUCUGUCCCUCUCAGAGACUUAAUAUAGGCAAUGGAAAACCUCUGUGCUUUGCACAAUGGAACACAAAGUUUGGGCUGCAACAUGGGGUUGUGAAAUUGUACUCAGUAAAUGUAAUCAUUUUCUUUUGUUUCUUAAAAUCAGUGACUAUGUAAACUAUUUUUUGUAGGAAGGUGGUGGGGCCGAAUUUUGUAAAUCUGGCAAGUUGUGAAACAAUGCAGUGGAUUUGUUUGCAUUAUAAGUAUGCUCUCAAUACUUCAGUGAUGGUAAAUGAUUUUAAGGAAAAUAGCAUACUUGUCUGACAUGGUAUUGUGUUCUCAUUGCGGCUGGAUUUUAAGCAUGGUUAAUUGUGAGCUAUUUAUAUCUCAAAAGAAUUUUCUGUGCUGUCAGUGCUGGUAUUUGGGUGGUAACCAUUGUAUCUAAAUGUUAAGCAUAAAGCUGCAUUUCAAAGAAUGCAGUGGAAAUGACCUGCAUUCUUUGAAAUAAACCCAAGGCUCCACAUUGGUGGCUGGGUACACUAACUUUGUUCUCAGAGCCUGCUAAUCAGAAAAUGUUCGGUAGCUUAUUUUGAAAAACAUUAAUUCUUAAAAUAUUUUUAACUCCUAAAUUUGUUGUUGCUUUGGGUUUUUCACAAUAAAAAUGUGC